AUUGGUCAAAAUUUGACAGGUGAGUUCAUACGGAAAAUUUAUGCAGAAUCUUGAAUAUUGUUUACUUUGACAGCUCAAGCUGACAGAGUUUUAUGUCAACUUGUGAUGUUUUUACCUGUCUUUUUCCACUGGAUGCACAAAAUGAAAUUCAGCUGCUAGUAGGAGUCUUCUGUUAUUCAUAGCUAGUUGGUUUAUGGUUGAGAAAUACAUCACUUGUCAAAGUCGGAAAUCCGAUUUCGGAUGGCAUCGUUUUCAGUUUUCACCUUGCUUGAUGCGUAAGGGUUGAAAAGUCUGAAGUGAUACUGCCUUACUUGAUACCUUUCAGGAGUUCCAUCUCGAAUGGUAAGCCUGGGUAAUUAUUGUACUUGAUGUUUGUUUUUUAUAUAUCUAAUUUUAUUGAAGUCGACCGUGGUUUAUGCUGCUAUCUAGUUUAUGCACGUUUGUAAGAUUCGAGACCAUUUGAUCUGACUGAGAAUCAGGUUUGAUAUGAGCUUACAGAACUUUAAAAAGCCUUUAGACAUUUUCUCCCCCCAAAUAGAAAGAAAAUGUUCCAAAGAAUAUUUAGUUAUAAUUCUUGCUGUGAAAGAAACGUUUGAGAGAUUUUCUUGCCUCUAAUUCAUCUUUUAAAAAAGGAAAUACCGGAAAGCUGGCUUAAAACAUAAAAAGACUCUGGAGUUUUAGAGACACUUUUAAUACUUGUCUUCGUGAAUGAAAAGUGUUGUCUCUGUAUAUGUUUCACCGAAUUAUAUUUCUUUUAUUCUCGGAUUUCACAUGACGUCACCAAAAUUCAAACUAAGAAACUAUCGAUUCUUCUGAGUUUCUGAGUAUAAUGAGGUAUUACAGCACCUAAACACCUUUAUUUAAACAAAGUGUUGCUUCGAAACGUUUAUUCGUUUUGCGAUAGAGGACGUUUGAGUUUCUAGGCUUUUGCGUAACGCGGCAUGUGGGUUAAGAACAUUACCAAUUUUGGGAGAAUUUGCAAUCUAAACUUUCCUUGAUUCAGAAUAAAUUUCAAAAAAUAUAUAUCUGGAGGGCAAAUAGGAGGUUUUUUAAUCCCGCAGAGUAAAAUCAAUCACUUGAUUGCGUAUCUUCUUUACACAAAACAGAAACAGAAUAUUCUUAAUGCUCUUGAAGCAGGUUCAGGUGUUCAUUUAAAACUAACCAAAACACAUCAAGGCAAUGGGUUUGGGACUAUUUUAGCCAGUUUAGGAAUACUAUUACCUAUUGAGGCUAUUAACUGGUAAGGAAGCACCAAGAUUAGGGAGAAAUACUAGAAGCGUUCCUAGAAGCAUUUGUAGGAGCACAAUUCAACAGGCAUCUCAGCGAGGAAUAGGAGCCCCUCGUAUUGGAAUGUAUGAACCACUUCCUCCUUUUAUUGGAACAUGGGAACAGAUGCGCGGUAAUACGAUUGGCAUGGGUAAAAAAAGAAAAAAAAGAAAGAAAGAAAAAGAGAAAGAAAGAAAGAAAGAAAGACAAAACCAGAACAUCAAAAAGGAGGCAAGGUCUGCUACUAGGAACCAAUUCACCGUUCAAAAACGUGCCUCUAUUAAACCUCAUAUUGUAAAACCUAAAUUCCACAAAACAUCCCAAUGAGUAAUCAUGAUCUGUUGGAAUGGUAUAAAUAUUUGAAAAUACCUAUAAAAGAGGUGCUGUCAAGAGAUCAUACAGUUCCUCAUGACCAUAGACAAGCAUUAUUUAUUUAUAAUCUUGAGCCAUCUUAUAUGAGUGGAUCUCACUGGGUUGCAACAUAUGUAAAAGAUGGUGUCAUCAAUUACUUUGACCGUUUUGGAAUGUCUCCACCAUUUCAAGAGACUGUUGAUCAUGCCAAACGAAAGACUCUUACAGUCUUGUACCAGAACAAUCAGAUACAGAAUAUCAAUACAACGACUUGCGGCUACUUCUGUUUAUACUUUUUGAAGGAGAUGAACAAGUGUUUGCAAGUCUGCUGCAAGUGUUUGAUACACAUGAUACCAUGAAAAAUGAAAAAUUUGUUGAGAAGUAUUUAAAAAAUAUAUAAUCUAUGAGUAUGGAAAAAAAAUAUUGUGCUUAUUGUAAAACUCACACAAAACAUGAAUUUGAAGGUUAUUGUUGGGUUUGCCAAAAAUGUGUCGAAGAUAUUUUAUCAGAUACUGAUUCGAGUUCUGUGAUGAUAGUUAUGAUAGUGAGUUUAAAAUCUCUAAUUUAUAUAUACAUGUAUGACUAAAUUCUGCUUUUACUGUCAAGAAGAAACAGAACAUGAGAUAAAUGAGUUUAGUGUAUACUAAAACAGUGGAUUGCCCUGUAGCAUUUGAAAAGGUAAAGGUUUGUAGGUUUAAAGCGCACUUUUCUUUCCCAGCUACUUUCAAGGUACUCCAUUCAAUUACUGUAAUUAAAAACAAAUAAUUGAAAAAAAAAAAAAACAAAACCUACCAGAAGGCAACCAGUCGGCUAAAGUGCCCGAGGAUGUACACUCGGGACGACAGAGUCUAACAAACUCUGCAAGUGCCAAGAGCGGGACUCUAACCAGGGACCGCCGGACUGCGCGCCCGAUGCGCUGACAACUGGGUCACGCUUCCACCUACCGUUACUGAACUGCAUUUACUGUGACGUUAACAGACUGAUAGCCUGCAUUGCAGCGGGUCCGUGGCCACUUGUAGGAUGUCGGUGACGCAGUAAUGUGAAGAUACAUAUUUGAAUAUAGCUAAAACAUCCUUUUAAAUUAUAAUCACUAUGUAUACAGUAGCCUGCACUACUAAACUCUUAACUUUUAUAUUUUUCCUUUAUCUUAGCUUGUUCACAGGGGACUUACAAUGACGCAAAGGAACUUAACUGUACAGGUGUGUACUUGUUUUGUUUGUUUGUUUGUUUGUUUUUUGUUCUCCCAUGAUUUGACUUCGAAACGUGUCAUGGUCAGCUAGUCGCCGUUUUUUGCAAUCAAUCAAUCAAUCAAUCAAUCAAUCAGUCAGUCAAUUAAUCAAUCAAUUAGUCAAUCUACCAAUUUAACAAAUCAAGAUAGAUAUUUAUAUUAACUAAGAUUAGAAAAUAACAUUACUUCUCAAGCUACAGCCAAAUAUGCCCAUCUAAUAAUGUUUCAAAAAAGAAAACAGAGAUCAAGUCAAAAAAUCUAAUUAAUUAGUCAAUCACCGUAUAGUACAAUUAUUAUCGUUAUAGUAUAUACUGUAUAAUGUUAUCGUUUUUGUUCAUGUUUUAGAUAAUUGGUUGUAGUGGUGAAUAGAAAACCUUUAUCGUAACUAGACCAAUAUCUCCCUUUGGAGAGUUAGGCGCAAUAAAGAUCAUACUAUAAUACUCUACUAACUAUACUAUACAUCAAUCAAGCGAUCAACCAAUAAACAAUCACUCUGAAAAUAAAUUUUGAAAAAGAAUGAAUUCAAGAGUUAAUGUUUCAAUCUCGUGAUCAAUUGUUUCACUCAUGACAAUCACUAAGUAAAUCAGCAUCAAAUAGUUUAAUUCAAUGCUAACGCUGAAAAACAGAAGAGUAACAAUAAAGACUGAUAUUUUGCUAUGUCUCUCACAAAGGUAACAUUGUCUGAAAAUUCUCCUUUUAUCUCUUUUUCUCCUAUUUAGCCAUCCCAUCACACCCGAGAAAUGUUGUUACACUUUUUGUCAACCAAACGUCAGCUACGAUAAACUGGCAGCCUCCCACUAUAACUGGUGACCAAGUAUUCUACGAAGUUAAAUGUCAGCGCACUUGCGAAAUUGAUGGCAAGAACUGCACUGAAGAAAUCUGUGGUGGUGAUAACAAUGCAGGGUUCGUAUUUAUGAACAAAAGUUACGCCACUACAAUGACGAUUCCGGGGACAACAGGGUUGCUUUCCCCGUUUGUGAGCUACACUUGCAAGAUCGUGGCCAAGAACAGAGUCAGUGAGGUAGCCGCAAGAAAACACAAGGUUGAAGCAAGAAGCACCACAAUAACAUUCAAAACAAAGGGAUCUGGUAAUUCAAUGGCUUUGUUUAAUUUUGCUAAGACAAAAUCUAUAGGUUAUUAGUGUAAUUGUCACGUCUUUCGUGACUGUUAAUUGGUUGUAAGGAGAAUAAUUACAGAUCAAAGUUAUUCUGAACGUUCGUACGGGUAUACAGAUAUACGUGGAUAUGGAUGUCGGUGCAGGCCUAACGCAUAUUAAUGGUGAGUCUUUAUUUACACUGGCAAACAUUAGUCUCUUCGUAACAUGGAAGACACCUUGUAAUGCUUUCUGACGGUAUUCCAGUGGGCAGACUACAGCCCGUUGCACGUGGGGUACAAGAUAGGAUCGAUCGAACCCAAUUGGUUCAUCAUUUUGUUGCACUUUUUCCUUAAACCUAAACGGUUAUUUUUAAUUCAGUGUGCAGUAACCUGAGAUCAGGCCCAAUUUGAGCGGUUCUCAUACAUUCUCUCUAACGGCUACCUCUGAAAUUGGGCCUGAUACAAACUCAUUCACGUUUAUGCUCGUUAGGGCCUGAUUUUGGCCGAAACGCUGAUUGGCUUUUAGAAUAAUGCCACAAGAUCUGAUUGGCUGUCGGAAACGCCGGAAGUUGAAAGCGCUUAUUCCUCGCGUGGUUAAGUUUUCGUGAGGCGGAGAGAAGGAUCGAUUUUGCUGUCUUUUUUAUUGUUUUGUGGUCUUAUGGUAGGAAAAUAUGCCUUAAUAUGUGCCGUGGAAAGUCAGAAAAUUCAAAUGGUUGUUCAUAUCUUGUCAGGAUUUGCUUUAUUUACGGAAAGUGAGUGUAUCGCGGAGUUGAAUCCCUCUGCAAGUUGUUGACCGCGAACAAGGUGCAUUUUGAUUUACCAACAAACGGGUACAAAUCAAAAUACUGUCCAUCUUAAAACUGGUUUCGUUUGAAAGUUUAGCCGGGAAUGACUUCUCUGAACGGGGUGCGCAAGCGGAGGCUCACUGCGAAAGAAACCUCAAUCGCCAACUGUGAAGUAUUAGACGAAAAAUAUCGCAUCGCUGUUCAGGGAAUUUUCAGUGUUCACAGACUGGUUGUUUGCUUUCGCUUUUUGUAAAAAAUAAACCAAGAAAACUGGUGUCCUCGUUCUUUGUCUGUUUGCUUUUGUCUUUAAAGAUUUAUGUACUGAAAAUCGGGGGAAAUUGCCGAGGAAAAUAUUAAGACAACGAAAAAAUAGAGAUUUCAGUAUUCUAAAUUUCAGAGCGCCUAGCCAAAAUAAUGAAGCUAGUAGAAUAUCGUGUCGCCGUCUUUUCGAAAACUUUUUAUCUUCUACGCCAACAGAAAUAACAUUCGAGAUCUCCCUUAAUCUCGCAAGAAGUUAAAUGUGAUUGUGCUGACUGUUUUAUUUUUAGCUGAAAAAAUUAAGAGAUAAAAGCUAUUUUUUUAAGUCAGCCAGUCUGCAUUUUUCCCACGCGUAAAAAAUUUGCAUACUAGAAAAACAAGCAACGGAAGUAAUUUUGGUUGGCUGAUUGGGCAAAUGUCAAUCAAUCAAAAAAGUGGGCUGCAGACGUUUCGUAGAAGGUUUGUAUCAGGCUCUCUUUUCGUUUCGCCAUGUACAAAGCGAAACGAAAAUAGAGCCUGAUCUCAGGGUAAGUGUGUAGAAAUGUGUUACGAUUUAACCAUUCUUGUUGAUUAGCGUUUUUUAACUUUAAAAUGAAAGAUGGAAUCAUAGUCUCCUCUCCUAGAGUAUGCACAUUGAAAGCGGAGGGAUGGGCUCUUAUGAUGUUACUAAAGUGGUAUUCACUUGGAGAAGAUACAAAAGAUGUCUCAUUGCUCCUUUAAGCCUCGUUUUUUCUUCUUCUUUUUUUGUGGUGUCGCCUGUUUACAACUAUCCAUACUUGCCUUUUUCGCGACAGUUCCUGGCAUACCGGAAGUGUCUGUACAGCAAGCCGAAGAUGGUGCUACCGUAUUGUCAUGGAAACUAAAAUGCAAAAAUGGCAAAAUAGAAAAAUACAUGGUGACGUACUUUGACGUGGAUGACACUUCUGACGAUGAAAGUUUGACAACCCCAGAGACAGAACAACGGAUUCAAAAAUUAAAUGCCGGAAAAACGUACGAGUUCCAGGUAAGUUGUUUCCUUUCCUACCAUCCUGCUGUAACAGAACCUGGAACUGAUUUACUGAAUAUGACUGUUGAUUUAUUGACGAACUGACAUCAUCAUCAUCAUCAGCAGCAGCAGCAUCAGCACCAGCAUCAGUAUCUCUUUGUAUACAUAUUGCACCUGCCAAGCUUUGAACCGCGACAUCUCGCUUGGCAGAUUGACGCUUAUCCAAUUGAGCUAACCGGGCGGUGUUGGGUCGAACACCUGGCCGUCUGACUGAUUAUUUAUUUCAGGCUUCGACAGCAUUGGAACUAUUUAGGGCCUGGUUACUGGCUGGGUAAUCUAUGGUGGCUAUGUUCUUUUAAAGGCACGACAAGUCAACUAAAUGUGUCAGCGAUUUGCUUUUUUUUUUCUAUUUUUGUAGGUAACUGCCGUCAACCACGUCGGACAAGGGCCACCUGGCGUAAAGAGAUUUACAAUCCCAAACAAUUUGUCUGGUAAUGUUAAUUGUUCAACUUUUGUUGCACUGACAAUGAAUCUGUUCAAAUCACUUUUUUUAGAUAUUUUCGGCAACACAUGUAACAAAAUUACCGGUCGUCAUCUACUUUUAGCGCUUUCAGCGUUUGGCAUUUGUCGAGGCUCCGGCCAAUGUGGAAGUCUGCUCUUACCUAUAAAGAGGAAAGAAAAACGGAAAUAUCUCCCCAGUUCUAAUAUUGCCCGUUUCAGCAUUUCAAUUGUCAUUGUGCAGAGUCUCUUGUACCCCUCUGUUCUGGGCGUACGUUGAAUAUACUUUCUCGUCUACGACCUUAAACAGCUCAUAAAUAGCAUAGUUAAAACAUGUUUGAAGAAGGUUUAAGAGGCAGUUCAAUUUAAAUUGUGAUUUGAAAUGAACAGGAUUAAAACUGGCUGUUUUUACAGUAUUUUCACAAACUAUCCUCAUUUAAAAGGUAUUUUCCACUGUAAUUACUUGAUAUAUUGUUGAAGGAUUAUCAUUCAAGACAAAGAUGGUGAUUGCCGGCGUUGCAGGAGGCGGUGGUCUGCCGUUAAUUAUCCUCGUCAUUAUCAUUGUCAUCCUUCGCUUUAAAAGGUUAAGUAUUGAACAUUUUUGCCUGCUAAAUCAUUGCGUUGUGUUAAAUUUGAUGUCUAUAGAGCGAUUUUCACAUGACCUUUAACCCUAUUCAGACUGGGGGCUUUUAGAACCCCCCUCCGGCAAAAUCGUGAUAACUCCUACACCGAAAGAGCUAUGACGUUCAAAUUUUCUGACUUUUUCUAAAAUUUAUCUAGGAACAUUUUGGUAUAAUUAUCAUGUCCAUGUGAUUAAUCAUGUUGCCAUGGCAACCAGUUUCUGACACAUAGGUUUUGGAAAAUUUAAAAAAUGGUGAUUUUUUUGUUUUAAGAUCGCGUUUUUACACUUAUAGUGCUUUUUGUUGUUAAAAUGGUCUUUGCUUGGGACUAGUUUUUGAAUUACAUCAAAAUGUUUCAACAUCGAAUAUUUUGGGGGAAGGGGUGGGGUAAAAUUUGUCACUUUUUUGCUUUGA